CGUAGCUCCUCAACCUCGCCUCCUUUUUGCCACGCUUCACUUGUCCUCUCUGCCUGUUGCAGCAAUGUCCUUGUCAGCGGUGGACGAUGAGCAGCAAGCGCGACUAUGCGGGCGCGCACGCGCCAAGGAAAUCUUCCAACCAAUGCGUUGGAAGCGUAUUGGCACACUACCAGACGAGGCUGCGAAGCUGUACGAGAGCGCACGGCGCUCUACUAACCGCUCGUACAGUCUACGAGCUGUGAAGCCAUUGCAAGCUUCAUUGGACGAGGUUGAGGCAGUUCUAACGGGACAGACAGCGCUCCUCGGCAGAGAUGACACACCUUCGCUACUUGCACGACUGCUACCUGCCACGUACGUGUCCGGUGGGCGUAUCGCCCGUUACCCGACACUGGAGCACUCGACCAGCGAACGAGAGAACGUGGCGCUGCAGUACGCGCGCCUCAAGCCCUACACGGCCAAACACCCUGGACAGGAGACCAAGAACGCCGUGCUACUCGAUUCUGUGGAUAACUAUGUGCUACUGGGCUACACGCUGUCUACGAGACUACAACGCUCGGAUACGAGUAAGAGGAAGAAUUCCGACUCACCUACACCCAAAACAACGAGCUCAGUGCCUUCGUUACUGCACUUGUACCGACCAGUAAGCGCUCCAUCGUUCUCGGAGAGGAGACACGACUUUCGAUCUGAAAGACUGGCUUCCAAUGACUUUAGCAUUACCUAUAUUAUCCAGGAGAUGUCAUCUCAUGACGAGCAGCAGGCGGAGGCUUCUGUAACUCUAGAAGUUGUUCUUUCAUGCUCGUUGGACCCUCAACAAGUAGUGGACCAAGACGACAAGGAGGUUUUAAACCAACAGAAGCAGCGACUCCGACACGACGCACUGUGUCUAACCAGACUGCAGCCAUUUAUUGAUGCUUACCGACAGGAGAAGAUACGACCGAUUCUGACUGCUAGUCAGCCCAGAGAACCUCAACACGACCCCAAGGACUGUGACCCCAACAUGCUGCGUGGAAGUAUGUUCGCUGGAGGACGGACUUGUAGUGUUUGCCACCGUAAAUUCGGCCCAUUUCGCUGGAAAAAGCAGUGUGAGGCAUGCGAUAAACUGGUGUGUAACCAGUGUCUGUCCGUAUUAGCCGCUGCGCCGUCGCUAUCUCGACGCAAGAAACGGGUGUGUUCUCAGUGUCUCUAUGGCGAGACAGCCAACGUCACUGCGAUGCACAAGGCAGUAGUGGAUGCAGCUACCGAUGACAGGAAGAGCUCAGUUAGCUUGGCUGGUUCAGGCAAGACACAUGCAUCUGAAGUCUCGACGAUGAACGUGUUCCAGUUCCCCAACUUGGAGGCAUUAGUGUCGAAACACAAGGCCAGUAAACCAGCAGUGUCUGUGGCUCAAGGAACCCCGUCACGAGCGUCUGGUCGAGUUCAAAUCGACCUGGGCUUGGACCCUGCACUGGCUUCUUCUCGGACUUCGGAUCGUCGACGAGCGCGUUCACGCCAGUCUCAACUCUCGCAGGGAUCUGUUGUAAGUACGACAUCAAGUACCAGUGCCACGAGCUUUGUGACUGCAACGUCCGACAAUCGACGCGCCACGUUAUCGAGUCAUAUUGAGCUAGACGACAGCGAGUCAGCGGUGUCCAAGUCCAUACGCACUCGACGUGCCAAGACCGUAUUGCUCGAAGACCAGCCAAUCAAGAAGGUGACUCACAAACCUUUAAAUUUCAUCACUCCACUCUCGUCUUCAGCACCGACACAUUCAUUGUUUUCGACAUCAGAGGACGAGGAGAGCGACCUACAACACGCGUCCAAGCCACGUGCAAGCUCAUGCAUGACCUCUAAGAUCCAAUUCGUACAACUCAAAACACCCGAACCGGACUACGAGCUGGAUUUCAGUUGGUAUAAUAUCUUCCCUAAGGCACCAGUCAAAAGAACUGGUGAUGAAUUGGCACGUGCAAAGUAUGUCGAAGUGACUGGCCUUAAGGUGGACGCCAGAUCGCUGGUUUUCUUGCGUCACGAUACCGAACUGGAGGGACUGGCACGUCGCGUCUUGGAAGUGGCCUCGCAGUGGCACGGCUGCAGUAUCAACAUCGUGGGUAGCUACGAGGUAUACUGCCUUGUGAUGGUCUCUAACAAACCCGAACUGGACGUUGACGACGAACUGUUGGAGCUAGAAGCGUCUCCUGUCACUGUCGAUGAUGUUGUUCCUCGAGAAGAAAGCGUAAGCGCCUAUGCGGUGCACCACCGUUCGCCCUUCUUCGUGGCCGAAAUGGAACACGAUCCACGUUUCCGUGCUCACCCACUCCACACUGAACAGGGCGCUGUGUCGCUUUUGAGCUUCCCUAUUUACUCUUCUGGUGCUGAUACGAGUGGCUCGCUCUCACGUGGUGAAGCGUACUGUGUGGCUACAUUGGACUUGUGGAAGAGAGACCACGUACCUGCAAGCAGCCACGUCUCCAACGACUGGAUGUCCAGCAUUGCUGACCUACUGCGGAAGAUCAGUGCUCGUCUGGAAGCUCUAGCUCUGGAGUCGCACGCCUUCCUGAAGCCUCGUGCACGUGCCAACCACUCGUUCGGAUCCUCUUGCGAUUCUAGAGGCAGUACUAGACGAGCCGAUUCGAUCAUUGAUCUUUACGAUAUUGACAGUGAUUCUGUGGUAGACUCUCCGCCACUCUCUCAAGCUGAGACGAUGGAUCGACUCACGAGCCUUUCGUACGCCAAGGUACGUGGUCUUGGCCUGGGUGGUAUGAGUGGUCCUGGCUCAGCGACGUGGAAAUACGACAGCGAUAAUGAGAGCACAACGUCCAGUCAGAGUGCCAGCAGCUCCUGCAGCCAAAGCUCGCGCUUCUCAUCACAUCUCUAUUCAGCCGCAGACAUGCAUUCGACGAUUGAAUCGUUGCUGCAACAGGCUUCGCAGACUUCCAAGUACAUCAGUGAGACGGGAGUAUCCAUUUAGACUUGAGUUUUUGUGCUGUGUAGUCUAAAUCAAUCAAAUCAUGCAACAAAGGUUCAGCUCAGAUCCACAAAACUGCGAUUACUUUAUCCGAA